AUGGAUCUCUUCAGCAAUCUACCAAAUGAGCUCCUUUGUCAUAUUUUGUCCUUCAUGACGACAAAGGAGGCUGCUUUGACAUCGGUUCUCUCUAAAAGAUGGCGCAAUCUGUUUGCAUCCGUCCCUAAUCUCGACCUCGACGACUCAAUCUUUCUGCAUUCCGAAGAGGGUAAACGGGAAAAGCCAGGAAUCCUUCAAAGCUUCAUGGAUUUUGUGGACAGAGUUUUGGCACUGCAGGGUGAUUCUCUCAUGAAGAAGUUCUCCCUCAAGUGUAAAACUGGUGUUGAAUCAGUCCGUGUGGACCGUUGGAUACAUAACGCGCUGCAGCGCGGUGUUUCGGAGCUUGAUCUUUUCAUUGAACUCGAUAGUUUCUAUUGGCUGCCUCAAGAAGUGUCUCUUAGUAAGACACUCGUUGAGCUGAGAGUAGGAAGUGGAUUUGAUCUUCACUGGUGGCCUUUGGAUAUAUCCUUACCGAUGCUUAAAACGCUUCUUCUUGACUCGAGCGGGUUGCAUUGUGGUCAGUAUCAAACGCUUUUCCUUGGUUGCCCUGCGCUUGAAGUGUUGGACUUGACUAAUAUGCAGUGGUGUGAUCACAAUGUGACUGUGUCAAGUCCGGUCCUCAAGGAGCUAACGAUCGAUUUCCAUGGUUUAACUAACGUGGUUCCUCUGACGAGCCUCUCGUUUGAUGCUCCGAGUCUUGUUUACCUUUAUUACUCUGAUUCUCUUGCGGAGGACUAUCCAGAAGUUAACUUGAAUAAAGUUGUGACGGCUCAUGUCAACCUUGUGUUAACUCAAGGUCAAAUCGAGCAAGCAAGAUCGCUGAAUAAUGAUGUGGCUGUGGAUGAUGCUUUUGCUGGUCUUGGUAAUGUGUGGAAGCUCGUUGCUGGGAUAAGAAAUGUUCAAGAACUUCACUUGUCUCCUGAUACACUUGAGGUGCUUUCUAGGUGCUGUGAAGCUAUGCCGGUGUUCAAUAACCUCAAACUGUUGGUUAUAGGGAGUGACAUGAAUCGGGGAUGGCAAGCAAUGCCUGUUCUUUUGAGGAACUGUCCACAUUUAGAAACUCUAGUCAUUGAGGGUCUUUUGCACUAUGUGACGGACAAAUGUGGGGAUGCUUGUGACUGCAUUUCCCGGGACGACGUUUCUCAGGAGGAGAAAGGCCGUUCGCUCAAGUCUUGUCCGGUGAAGGUGAUGGUUAUAUAUGAGUUUGGAGGAACAAUGAGAGAGUUUGAAAUGAUUAGGCAUUUCUUGGAUUACUUUCCGUGUUUGAAGGAGAUGGUUAUAUAUGGUGCAGAGAGUAGUCCUGCACUGUUGAAAGACCCUGAAAUGUUUGAACUUGUGGGGAAGAUGAUGUAUCUCUACAAUACGUUAUCGAGUUGCAAUGUUCAGAUGCUGGUGCCAAGUGAAGUGGACUGCACUGUGAAGUCAAAGUCGGAGUAA